AUGGAGGAAGAGGAGGGGAAGAAGGACUCAUUGGCUGCAGCAGCCAUGGCGGUUGCGGUUGCUGCGGCGGCGGCCUCGGCUGUUGCGGAGGAGGAGAAAUGUUGGUGCGACGGAGUGGAGGAGGAGAUAACGUGGAGCACUGAGUGGUUGCCUUUUUGGGACGUUGAGUUUGUUGGAAGAAACUAUGGUGUCUUGUUUAGUGAUGUUGUUUGGGACGAUGAUAUUUGGAACCUCAAGAAUAACUCAUUAAGUUAA